CAUUGAGUCGCACACGGAGGAGCCUCUUUACAAGUUUAAACCUGGAAAUCUCGCCCUGUGGCUCCAGAGAAAGACGACUUUAGUCAGACUUUUGUUUCGACAGAGAAGGAAUCUUGUGUGAAGAUGGUAGUUUUUAUUUUUCCCACAGCAACUGACUGAACGCUGCCCGCGAGCGUUGUUGUCCCGGGGGAGCCUUUUUUGUUUGGGGUUAACCUAACUGUGAACACGACCACCGGCGCACUUUCCCUCCGUUUUGGACAGUAAUUGAAAAAUAUCCUGAAAUACUUUGAGCCUGACGUGUUUGAGUUCGCGGGGAGAAGCUGUGAUGAGGAGGGAAUGUAACAGCAGUGAAGCGCCAGACGGAGACAGCGAAAGCUAAGCUCAUCUCGCGACCAACGGUGGUCAACAACCGCAGCCUCGACCACAAAACACAGUCUUGUCAGAUCACUCAUUAUUCCCCACAUUCCUUUCUCUCCCUCCCUCUCUCUCUCUCUCUGUGCUUUUUUCCCUCGUCAUCCUUUUCUUCUCCUACAUGUGAUUUCUUUUAACUCAUUCGUCUUUCUCCCUCUUGAUCUACCUCUCCACAUCCUCCCCCUCCCUCCCUCCCUCCCUCUCCCCCCGCACCCCCCUCUCCGCUUCUCUGGCAGGCUGCUCAUUGCAGUGAGUCAGUAUCAUGGAGGCAGGCAGCGGGGCUGCCGCAGCGGUGGGGAGUGCAGCACUAGGACUGCUGGGAGCCACAACCACGUCCAGCCAUGACAUCUUAGACAGGGGUCUGAGGCCUGGGCGUCACCUGGAGGAGGACGAUAUUGUGCCUGAACUGGCUCACAUCCAUCCCCGAGAGAGACCUGACUGGGAGGAGACCAUCAGUGCCAUGGCGAGGAGUGCAGAGAUCCCCGAGCUGCGGACAGAGCCCCUCAUGCGCUCAUGCAGCAGCAGCACGGCCAGCAUGAAAGUCAAGAAUGUCAAGAAACUUUGCUUCACCAAGGGCCACUUCCCGAAACUGGCAGAGUGUGCUCACUUCCACUAUGAAAACGUGGACUUCGGUACAAUUCAGUUGUCCCUCGGGGAUGAACAGUGUGAAGUGACGCGGAACGGCUAUGAGUCUAAGGAGCUGGUGUAUUUAGUUCAUAUUUACUGCCAGGGUCGCAGCUGGAUUGUGAAGCGCAGCUAUGAGGAUUUCCGUGUCCUGGACAAACACCUGCACCUCUGCAUCUACGACCGACGCUUCUCACAGCUACCUGAGCUGCCUCGAUUGGACAGUCUGACCGAUCAGUCAGAGUCAGUUUCCCAGAUGUUGUUAGCUUACCUCUCCCGGCUCUCAGCCAUCGCUGACAACAAGAUCAACUGUGGGCCCGCCCUCACAUGGAUGGAGGUUGACAAUAAGGGGAAUCAUCUGUUGGUCCAUGAAGAAUCGUCCAUCAAUGUGCCAGCUAUUGCUGCCGCCCACGUCAUCAAGCGCUACAUCGCUCAGGCGUCUGACGAGCUGUCCUUCGAGGUUGGAGAUAUUGUGUCAGUGAUUGACAUGCCCCCUAAAGAAGACACCACAUGGUGGAGGGGCAAGCACGGCUUUCAGGUCGGCUUCUUUCCCAGCGAGUGCGUGGAGCUCAUAAACGAUAAAGUGCCGCAGUCCAUGACCAACUCUGUGCCAAAACCAGCCUCCCCCUGCUCUGGCCUGCAGCCUGCUUCUUGGAGUCUCUUCCCCCCCUACUUGGAGAUGGAGAGUGUAAUACAGGACAAUGCAUGGGUGGCCGACCCGCUAAACCACUACAGCCUAAGUUCAGUGUCUAAGAAGCACGGGAAGCUGAUCACCUUCUUGCGCUCCUUCAUGAAGUCCAGACCCACCAAGCAGAAGCUGAAGCAGAGGGGCAUCCUCCGGGAGAGGGUGUUCGGCUGCGACCUGGGAGAACAUCUCCUCAACUCAGGACACGAUGUGCCCCAGGUCCUCAAGAGCUGCACCGAGUUCAUCGAGAAACACGGUGUGGUGGACGGCAUCUACCGCCUCUCUGGAAUCGCCUCAAAUAUCCAGAAAUUGCGGCACGAGUUUGACUCUGAGCAGAUCCCCGACCUGACCAAAGAUGUUUACAUCCAGGACAUCCACUGUGUUGGCUCGCUGUGUAAGCUCUACUUCAGAGAGCUGCCCAACCCCCUGCUCACCUACCAGCUCUACGAGAAAUUCUCUGAGGCCGUAUCAGCGGCGACGGAUGAAGAACGACUCAUCAAAAUCCAUGAUGUCAUCCAGCAGCUUCCUCCGCCGCAUUACAGGACCCUGGAGUUCCUCAUGAGACACCUUUCCCGCCUGGCAACGUUCAGCUACAUCACCAACAUGCACAGCAAGAACCUGGCCAUCGUCUGGGCCCCCAACCUGUUGAGGUCAAAACAGAUCGAAUCUGCGUGCUUCAGCGGCACAGCAGCUUUCAUGGAAGUCAGAAUCCAGUCCGUGGUGGUGGAGUUCAUCCUCAACCACGUGGACGUUCUCUUUAGUGCUAAACUCAGCUCACUAAUACGAGAGGGAGCAGGUCACAACUCGUUGUCACGGCCCAAGUCCCUGCUGGUUUCGUCACCCUCCACAAAACUUCUGAGUCUGGAGGAGGCCCAGGCCAGGACCCAGGCUCAGAUCAACUCUCCGGUCACCGAAGACAGCAAGUACAUCGAGGUGGGCGAAGGUCCAGCCGCCCUGCAGGGCAAGUUCCACACCGUCAUCGAGUUUCCCACCGAGAGGAAGAGGCCUCCUAUUAAAUCCAAGAAGUCUCCUGUGGGGAGUUGGCGUUCUUUCUUCAACCUGGGCAAGUCUUCCUCCAUGUCCAAGCGAAAGCUGCACCGCAAUCCCAGUGAGCCUAACGAGCUAAAGGCUAUGGCUCUCGCUGGAGGCAGAGGAGACACAGCAACAUUAAGAUCAGCCAAAAGUGAAGAGUCACUGAGUUCCCUGCACAAUGUUGAAGGAGAGUCCAAGGUGUACCGUCCCCGGCGGCCACGCUCCAGCAGCGAUGCCCUGUCCGCCUCCUUUAACGGUGAGCUGCUGGACAGCCGGCAACACUGCAACUCCUACGACAACCUGAACGCCACAGAGGACAGUGACGGAGAUGAUGGUCCCAUCUGCGUGCCUGCUCUCAUCUCACCUCCCCGCUCAGCAGGUGAAGAUGUGGACCUCAGCCCGCCGGACAUCGGCAUGGCCUCCUUGGACUUUGACCCUAUGUCUUUCCAGUGCAGCCUCCCCGACACCUCCUACGCCUUCCCCCUAGAUGACUCACUGGCCGGGGCCGGGGCCGGGGCCGGGGCCGGGGCCGGGGCCGGAGCCGGGGCCGGAGCCGGGGCUGGAGCCGGGGCCGAGGCCUCCACGUUAAAGAGGAGCCCCGGCAGCAUCUGUGGCAAAACCAACGGUUCUGACAUUUCUGCCUCCUUCCUGGGCAGCUUGACCACUCCCUUGUUGUCCACAGACUUCAGUCCAGCUGCUGGAGAAAACAUGGAAAGCAAGAAAUUGACCACUUCCUAUUCUUACACUGAUAAACCCACACAGGCUGUGACACCUAUUAAAUUUGGAAAGGCCACUAGUAUGUUACCUUUUGCCACUUCAGAGUUUUUCUCUACAGAGUUGCCUGACAAAAAUACAACUGGACAGGCUGUCCCUCCACAGCCAUUAUCUCCUCUCGUAAUACCCAAGGACUCUCCUCCCCUGAUGGGCAGUGUGCUGCUGAGGGCAGCCGAGCCGUCGCUGACUGAAGCUUUCCAAAUGGAGCUGCACUCGAAGCUGGCAGCGUUUGACAGCGCGGACAGUCGAGAGCUGAGGGGAGAGGACAGCGAACAGCAGGCACCAGCUGCCAGCAGCCACGAGCUCCAAGGAGUUGUAGCUCUGGACUCUUCAAAGGACCUCACCCUUCAUUCCCUCAGCUCGACAGCUCCCACUUCUGCCCCUCCUCCUCUUCCCCCUCCUAAAAAUGCUGCCCGCAUGUUGGCCCUGGCCCUCGCUGAGUCUGCCCAGCAGGUCUCCAUGCAGUCUCAGUCACGUUCCUCUGAGCCCCCGACACCGGUGUCCUCUCUGCAGUCACAGGAGGCCUCUAACUUCCAGGACUUGCCGCAUCCGCUUCUCCCACAUUUCCAGACUUCCUCCGAAGACAAGGCCAAACGAGGAAGUUCCCCGCCACCAAACAGCACUGCUCCGACUGUCGUCACAGCCCCUACUUGUCCCUCAACUUUCAGUCCUUCAGUCAAAAUGCAGCCGCUGGAGUUAACCAGCACAGUUACCAAGUCCCCAGACAGUCCCAGGUCCUCUAGAAGUCCACCUGGAGCACAGCCACAUGCAGACUCCACCCCUCCAGAUACUCCGCUUUACAAGUGCGCCCCACUUUCUAGUUCAGUCAGCCUGACUUCUCCAACAAGGAAAAGUCCAGAGAGGCAGCAGCCUGUUGCAAGACAGGUCUCAGUCAAUACCAGCUCGUCCAGUUCCACUCCAGCCACCACCCCCAGUGGCAGCUGUAAAGACACUGGAUUCUUACCGCAGCCUGUUCCUGAGGUCAAAUCGGAGGACACUGCAACUCCCCCGAUCCUUCUAAAACCAUCAGAACCGCCGCCACCGAUAGUUCAGAAGCCCAAAAAGCAGGCGGUCUCACUUCCCCAGCAUCAAACACAAGUUCAGAUACAGCCUCAUCCUCCAGCACAGCCUCAACCUCAGUCACAGCCUCAUCUGCAGCCCCAGCCUCAUCUGCAGCCCCAUCCACAGCCACAUCCACAGCCACAGCCACAUCCCCAGCCACAGCCCCAUACACAGUCUCAGACACAAGUCCAAUCCCAACCUCAGACACUCUCAAAGGCCAGCGCAAGAGUGGCCCCCACCUCUGCUGAGCCUCUUGAGAAGCCUUGGGAGGCCAUUAAGCCAGUACAGCCCUGUACAGAGUCUACAAAGUACCACGACCCCUACGGACCCAAACCUCCAGCCCCUCCUGUACGCACCAUUGAGAGCAAACUGGCCACUGCAGCGCUCAGCCAAAGUGAAACCUCUUAUCACCUCCUGGAUGAGGGCCCUGUGCCUGGCCAUCAGGAGGAUGCUCUGCCUCACCAUCCUGUCUCUCCUCGUAAAUCUUCCAUGCACCAGCCUGCCUACCUGUACCACGCUAAAGGAGAACCAGUUUUAAUUGAACCUCCAGGAGCUGCAUACUACCACCAGAGGCCUGUUGCUCUGGGCCCACAGUCCUUGCCACACCACUACCGGCCAGACAGUGUCCCCACACACCUCUCCUAUGUGUCCAAGUCUGAGCCUCAGAUACCUUACAGUGCCAGAGUGGACAACAGAUACAGCACUUUAGGCCCGAGGUCUUACCACCACUCCAUAAAGUCCAGAGGAAACCCCCGCAAUGUGUUCAUGGCUCCGGGGCCAGGGCAUCCGGGUUAUAGCCAUGAUAGAACCCACGGCUAUCCCACCAUCCGCAGAGUACACUCACUCCAUGUUCCUUCCACUGUCCGCUCAGUGCCCAUCCAGAGGACUGAGGUUCCUCCAGAUGAUGACAUGUUCUUCUACCACCGGCCCAUCUAUCAGUGCAAAGCCUACCAGCAGCCCCCGCAGCAGUCCUCACAGACCGACUACCACGUCACUCAGCUGCAGCCUUACUUUGAGAACGGGCGGGUCCAGUAUCGCUAUAGCCCCUACUCCGGUUCAAGCCCUUUGGAGGCACCUUACUAUGACAUCGACCCUUACGGCACCAUCCGAAUCCGGCACUUCCACUCCCACGGCAACCGAGAUCCGGGGGCUGCUGCCGGUCGACAGGGUGGAAAAGCGACUGGGUACCACUUCCUUGCUCGCCAUGUUAUCCCACCUGGGAAGGAGCACAGCUUUGUGAGCAGGGACAUGCCCCCUAGCCACGGGACCAAGGAAGCUGCUGCUUACCUCUCAUGGGACCCCGAGGAGUCAGAAAGGCUCCGCGUGCACUCCAUCCGCAGAGAGAGCAGGGCCAGACAGAGGAUUAAAGGCCCUGUCCUCUCUCAGUACGACAACGUCGGCUUGUUCACACCAGCAGAUAUAUCAGGCUAUGAGACCCUGCACCUGCGCAGUAAAUCUGACCCAGGUAAAGGCGUGCUGAUUGCAGCCGAGAGCAAAGAUGGCCGCUACCUCCCCAGACACAUGGUGUCAGACCCUGACGUCCUUAUGUACAUGGAGACUGACAAGCAUGUCCAGGGCAGUGUAGUGGGUGACAAGUCUGAUGGACUUGCCAAGCAAAGCAGUUCAAAAAAAUGCCAAUCCUCUCACUCCCUUCCUGCUACUCUGAGCCACAGUCUCUCCCAUCAGCAGGAGAGCGGCCGACACGAGGCCAAGUACGAGACUGGAGACGAUAAGCUGGGUGGAGACGGCAGCAGGUCCAAACACUGGCAGCAGGAGUAUCUCAACAAGAGGAACUUCCAACCAUGGUACGAGUGCUCUGAUUCUGACCACCACCAGAGUAAAGUGAAAACAGCAAGCAGCUACCACAGUACAGACGACCAGCCAUCAGCUCCCAGGGAACAACUCACCCGCUCCAAACCAGAGCGAUCACACAGCGUCCGAGAGCAGCAGCACUACAACCAGGGCAAACCUGAGCUGGACAGAGACUACUCGUAUCAGAAACACAGCAGUAAAACGGUGCAGUCCCACUAUGAUAACUUGGACGAUUACCACCCAGUACCUCAACCUCAGGCCCCUGUUCAAAAACGUGGAGGCUCCGGCUCCUAUCCCGCCCCAGGAUUCUCAGUGAGCCACAGCAACAGAGCGUACUCCACAGCACUGGGCCAGGGAGCCUUUAUCCAGACUGACCUGGCCCUGCAGAGGCCAGAGACAGAAAUACGUACUGAGUGAAGUGUUUAAGGGGAGAAACGUGUGAAAUUAUCUUUAGCUGUGUUGAAGAAAGACUCUAGUGAGCUCUAGUGAGCAGCCUCUGCAGGACAGUGGACUGUCGUAUCACCAAUAUUUUUGCUCCUCUGUAUUUUUAAUGAAUUGUAAAGAAAAUUGUAAGACUUUUUACAGAAAGUCCUGAAUGUACCUGAAUUUACUGUCCAAGAGGUCAUAUUAUUGUGAUUGAUUGAGACGGUAGUCAUAAAUGUAUAUGAUAUGAAAGACGUAAGGUACUUUCAGCAGGCACCACAAAAAUGUAAAAUAUAUAUAUACAAUAUAUAUAUAUAUAUAUAUAUAUAAGAAUAGAAUCUGUAGUGAAAAGGGAUUUUUAGUUGUAUUUUGUUGUUUUGUUUUUUUUAGGUGUGGCGCUGGGUAUAAGCAUCAACUUGGAUUAAGGUUUGCAUUUUAGAAAUGCAUGCGGUCUUUAUCUCUUGCAGAACAGUUCUGUGUAGUUCACUAUCCAUUGCGUUCUUUCUGGAUGUAACAGCACAAGCUUUUGAAGGAGUAAACAUGUAGGUCAUCACGCCCUCCCUCAACCAAUAUGUACACAAGUAGGCGGCACAGUGUGUCCAUGUUUGUCUUGAAGAAUCCAACAGAGCGUGAGGUUUGACAAGGAGCUGCAAUGGGUUACUUUCAGUUAAUAUAGUGGUUGUCAAUGUCUUAUUUUGUCUGUGACUGUGCCAUUUUUACGUAACUUUGCUAUAAACAGAUUUCAAUGACUUCUAAUGGAAUGUUUUGGUACUUGUCUGUUCUUCAGUGGAAGAGGGACCAAAUGACUUGGCGCAGUUGUUGCACAUAAUGGGAUAAAGAGGGUGAGGUGGAUGUAUGCGUGCUGUAGCUUUAGAUGUGUAAGAGGUUAUUUUUCUUUUUUCUUUUUUUUUUCAUCACAUUCAAGGUACUUUCAUGAACUGGACUAACUGAACAAAGCUGAAAACAAAUGUCCUCUCAAACGACGGGGUGAGGAACAUGUUGCCGCUGCUUUGUGACAAAAACAACAACAACAACAACUUAGUGACGAGCCUUAAAUUCUGUUCCUACAGACCUUAUUUUGUUUACUGUCAUUGUCAUACAAGCCUGUUUUCAUACUGCACAAACAUUGUGAUAGUUACAUUUAAUAUCACUUUUGAUGAUUCUUGACAGUUCAGGGGUGGCAGGUGACCUGCUGGGGUUAUUAAGUUUUGUAUCGCCUCACUGGUUCUGAAUUCAAAACAAUGAGGGAUGGGAAUGUUUUUUUGUUUUUGUUUUUGUUUUUUUUUUAAAGAUAUCCGGGGCAUUUUUUUUUUCAGGCUGGAAAUCAAUGUGUAGUAAAUUCAUCUGGCAUUAUACUACACGCCCUUUUUUGUUCACCAUAAUUUAAGGAUUACAAUAUGUUUCAAAUAUGUCUAAAUCCAGGUUGUACUCUGUAACUGUUUGACUUCUAUAUCGCUUGCAGGUUUUGCUCCUCUUGCCUUAUCUAAAGCCUCUACCUUUUCAGAUGGGGUGUUGAAGUAAGGCACUGUGUACUUGAAUGUGAAAACACUCUUGUCUCAAACUAGAGGUAUCUAAAGUUAGAUAUGAAACAAAUAAAACUGUUCAGGAAUA